AGAAAUUUCUUUGAUGUUUGAGCGAUUUGGGAGUUUGUUUAGCUGGUUGCCAUGACAACGUGGCUGCGGGAGAUCGCUCGGUAGACAUGCGUGGAUGGAAGGUUUGAUCGCUCAAGGUGCCGUACUCCAGAUUACUAUAUUCUUCAAAGGAAAUAAUUAUCACAUAAGAACGUUGACUUUCCUUCUCCAAGACACAAUGUAGGCAAUGGUUCUAUUGUCCUGAGCGUACUUUAUUCGAUUUUAGCCAGCAAAAAUGGCGUCCAAGCUCAAAAAAACGACGACGAAGUCGAAACUCCUUCACAAGUUGUUGCCAACUUCUCGAUACCGUGCUGCUAAAAACACGAUCUCCUCUUAGCUUACCUUAAAUACUUCACACUCUACUAUGCCGUUUAAAGAAACUACACAUACUCAAAACCUAGUGGUUGCCCUGAGAGUCAGACCUUUAAGUUCUUCAGAGCUCGGAGAACCAGAAAUUAUUCAUGUACUCGAUGAAAACUUGGUGGUGUUACGAGACCCAUAUGAGGAUCAAGAUGACAUUCUCAGGGCAAACCGUUCAAGAGAGAAACAGUAUGUUUUUGACCAUGCUUUUGGACCAAACGCUAGCCAGGUUGAUGUGUUCAGUGUGACAACAAAGCCACUGAUACACAACGUYGUAUCAGGGUAUAAUGCCACAGUGUUCGCAUAUGGGGCCACUGGUGCUGGGAAGACCUAUACUAUGCUGGGAAAUGACAGGAAACUUGGAAUCAUGGGAUUGACACUUAAUGAUCUUUUUGCCGAGAUGGAAAUGAUGAAAGAGGAUGUGAAAUAUAAAGUCACAAUGUCUUAUCUUGAGAUUUAUAACGAAAUGAUUCAAGAUCUUCUGAACCCUUCCACUGGAAUCCUUGAGCUGAGAGAAGAUGCAAAAGGUGUCAAUGUUACUGGUCUAUCUGAGGUUGAGGCUAAAACCACCAGUGAGGUUAUGGGGAUGUUAUUGAUGGGYAAUAAGCAGAGAACAUCAGAACCAACAGCAGCCAAUAAGACUUCUUCCAGAUCACAUGCUAUUCUACAGGUUACUGUAAAACAAAAAAGUAGAGUUGAAAAUGUGAUUCAGGAAGUAAAAGUUGGCAAGCUGUUCAUGAUUGACUUGGCAGGAUCUGAGAGGGCAGCACAAACCAAGAAUCGUGGCAAGAGAAUGAUAGAAGGAGCACACAUUAACAGGUCUUUGCUGGCACUUGGCAAUUGCAUCAAUGCACUGAGUGAAAACAGAGGACAUUACGUGAACUUCAGAGACAGUAAACUGACAAGACUUCUAAAGGAUUCACUUGGUGGAAAUUGCAAAACAGUAAUGAUUGCACAUGUUAGCCCAGCAGGCAAAGGCUUUGAAGAGAGCAGGAACACGUUGUUAUACGCGGAUAGAGCAAAGAACAUCAAGACUACCAUUAAAAAGAAUCAGUUCAACGUAUCUUACCACAUCGCUCAGUACACCAAYAUUAUUACCGAUCUUCGUAAAGAAAUCUUCCGCCUCAAGACCAAGAUCGCUGAACAAUCUGUGUCAGAGAUCGAUUCAAAUAAAACAACUCUUGAAGAGCCUUCAGAGCAUUCCAAGCACAAAGACCACACAGAAAUGAAUAGAAUACGCAAUCAGCUCGUCAGUACCUUCCGUGAACAGAUGGAAAUCAGACAYAAGUUAAUGGAGCUGGAAGACAUGGCGAUGCAGAUUGCUCUAGACACUAAUCGAUACAUGCUGGUGAUUGACGAAUGGGAACAAGAGAAGGUAAGACGAGCCGCAAAAAACGCAGAAAUGGAAAAAGAACGGAAUGAGAAGGAAUCAGAACAAACAGACCGCCAUGUUUAUCGCGACCACGACUCCAAAACACUUGUAGAUAAGAAUGGAAAACCAGCAUGGGAAGACAAAGACGAUGAUGAGGAUGACACGAAUGAAGACUUGAGCGAUAGAUCAAACAGUUAUGAAGACGUUGAAAAUAAAGAUCUCGACAGGGAGAAGGAUAAAAAGAUUCAAGUCGUAGUCCAAGAAUCAGAGCCGUUCUCAAUGGCUGAACCGGAAGAUGUAACUUUUGCUCGMGAAGAAAUAAAUAACUUGAUCGCAGAGGAGAAAAAAGUCUCCGAAAUGAAGACUGCGCUUCAAAGCAAGCUUCAGCAAACUCGUAAGGAAGUGGAAAGGCUAGAMGAACAACUUCCAAAGAAAAUAAGCAGCGAAGAAAACAGAGAAAUUUUGAGUUUAAUUUGUAAAGUUCAUGAACUGGAAAUAACAAAUGCUGAGCUACAGAGCCAGGCGCUUUUGAGAGARAAUAUUCUACGCUACAAAGAUUUAGAAGUGAGCAAAUAUGARUCAAGGCAAAAGUUAUGUGAUGAGAUAAUACAAAUGCAACGAGCAGUUAUUACUGACGCACAAGUCAAUUGCCCAACAGAACUGGAAGGAUUGUACGARGUUUAUCUUCAACAGUCUUCUGAAACAGAUGAACGAGACAGUCUCAAYUCUUCUGGACCUGAAUCCACUACAUCGAGUGCUGGUCCACAAAUCAGUGUAAAUCGGGCAGCARUUCUUGCUGGAAUUAAUCGUCGGAUGACGUCACGCGAGAAUCUCUUCACAUUUACGAGCAAGCUUUCUCCYUUGACGGAAGAGACGCCGUCCCGAUUGGUGUCGUUGCAAAACUCACCAACAAAGACAUCGCGCCCAACACCCUCGACUUACAACACUUUCAUGGAAAACGCUCUUGCCGAAUCRAGCCCCACAUCUCCUGYGCAUACUCCAAAAUACCGAUCACAUGUCUCAUCGCCCGAUGACAUCAGUAUUCGAAGUUCUUUGUUCCUGACCACGCCCAAGAAACCUCACAACGAUACCGAGAACCACGCCCCCUUAACACCAGUCUUUUCAAAGACACAGAAAUUCACCGACCUCUCUACCCGUCGGCGCAUCAUGAUGGAGAAYGGUUUAGUCUCUAGUGGUAGCCUUCGCGAAGAUCUUGCGUCUUCCAAGAUGUCKUCUUUGGUGUCUGUACGAGAGAAGGARCGUGAYAGACCCAUGGCGUCCGUCUCGGAUACUAGYCUUGAAGUUAACAGCAAUAAACAAGCMGUCAAUCCUUCUUUAAGUCUYGGGGAUCUCUCGWUGAUCGAUAAGAAGUCUUCUGAUCAAGUUUCGGUGGACUCGGUGCCAGUUACCCGCAGAAGAAUCGCCAAGAAGGGGAAAAGUGAACAAGGAAAGAUAUCGAYUCCAACAAGACCGACCAAAAGACAAAGAUCAGCCUCUCUCGAUGAUGCCAAGGUUCACAGAGUAAARCCAAGAAGAACACGCAAAAGCCAGCAAGAAGCAUCAAAGCUACACCGCCCCAAACACCAGUUCCCAAGCAAGAUCCGUGAACGAGUAAGCCUGGGACUUGAGGCCUCGAGUCUCGCAGGGAACACCAACAGUAAAAGAUCUAACAUCCCGAAGGCACCUGUACAUUUCAACGACAUCCCACGAGGGGUUGCUCGAAGCAAGGAUCAAACCAAACAGUCCCGCAUCCAAAGCAAUGACGUUCAAGAUGGUGAGCUCCAAACUUUUGUCAGCAAUGUCACCCCCACUUCUUCAGUGCGACAAAUCGGGACACCACCCGGCAAGGGACUCACAAUUCAGAGGAGAUAUYGCGCACCAUCAGAUAUCACGGGAUCAGAUUCGAACCAGUCUACACCGAGGGUAAAACCCCGAAAGCAACAAUCUGUGGGAAAUCCUCCAGUGGACGCGUUAUCUGUGAGUGGCGUUGCUAUGCGACCGACUAAACCAUAUGCRGGGAUACGUAGAUUCURAGAGUUAUCGUGAAAUAUUCUCGAAAAGAGAACUAUGGCCCUGGAGGAAGACUGGAAUGAGUUCCAGUCUGCGAUAUUGUCCUUCGGCAUUACCCCAACAGAAAGAAACAUCUCUAAGUGCAUGCAGUAUUUAUCUUAUUUCUAAGAAAUCUGAAACACCAUACGUCAAAGAGAAUSCAUCAUCUUGGAACGUUUACCUCAGGAUAAUAGUGCGCAUAUUUUACCAGAGAAUCAUGUUGCAUGAUCAUGAGUUGAAACUACAUCUGAGAACAGCAGAAAAUCAUGUGCCAAAAAUGUAAUAACAAUGUAAAAUUAUAAAAUAUAUAGAUCUCCGGAUUAAAUGGCAUGAAUCUGUUUGCACAGUUAAUCGAGUUAUAAUAACCUUUUAAGUUCUUGCCUCGACUUUUAUUGACUGUAAUUUAUCAAAAUAGUAUYGUAUAUACGGUAUAUCACUUCAUGGUGAACCUUUUCCGUGAAAAGGCACAUCAUGACGAGUGCUCAUUUAUUAURAUGAAUUAAAGGAGCAAAUAAGUCGUA